AUGGUAAUCACACCCAGUGGUCAAGUUGAGUGUCUGGCAAGCGGGGACCGGCUUCAUGCGGGAAAAUUGCUGUGCGAACUGGGAGCGACAGUUCCCACAUCAUCCGUCGAUCCACGGUGGCUGAACGCCGUCAGUACUCGCUUGGCAAAGGCAAUGGUUCAGAAAGGAUUUGUCGGACAUUUCGGAAUUGACUUCGUAACUUUUAUUCACCCGGAGAGUGUGAGUUUUAUUGAAGGAUGUUCAGUCGGUUUCAGAUAA